UUGUAUAAAAAAUUCACAAAUUUUUUCCUCUCGAAAUGGGUUUAAUUUAUUAACUUAAUUAAUAAUGGUUUUAAUCGGCAAAUUCUAAUCCAUAAUCAAAACAAUGAGAAUACUACGUUUGCUAAUAAGUUACCUAAUUCACCUGUCGAUAUUAAUUAUAGGUUGAUACAUUAUCUAUGUGAUACUUUGGGACACUUUGCAACUUUGGGACACACUGAAAAGCAACUUAAGGACUAGAUGCCGCCCUGGCGGCACUCCAGCCAGGACUGUGUCCAGAAUGCUCAGCCUUGAUCAAGAGAUUGGAGCCUGGGAUUCCGUUUUGCUUGAACCCUUAACUGAAGACUCCUUUGUAACGAAUCUGCAACAACGUUUCAAGAGAGACCAUAUCUAUACUUACAUAGGAAAUGUUUUGGUCUCGGUUAACCCCUAUAAAAAGCUUGCCUUGUAUUCAGCGGAUCUUGUGGAGGCCUAUGUUAAAAGAGGACCGUUCCAGUUACCACCACACAUAUAUGCCAUAGCUGGGACUGCAUACAGAUGGCUUAAUGACAGAAAUGAAGACCAAUGUAUAAUUGUAACAGGUGAGAGUGGAUCUGGAAAAACAGAAGCUGCUAGAAUAGUACUACAAUUUCUAGUCCUAGUCUCUGGAGACAGUCCGGAAACAAAGCUUGUUAAAGAUCGUCUAGUUCAAGCAAAUACACUGUUAGAAGCAUUUGGAAAUGCUAGAACUAUGAAGAAUGAUAAUGCUUCUAGAUUUGGGAAGUUCUUAGAUAUUGAGUUUGAUUUUAAGGGCGAUCCUAUAGGAGGGCAUCUUACACAUUAUUUUCUUGACAAAUCGAGAAUUACAAAUUUGGCAUCGUCUGACAGAAACUUCCACAUAUUUUAUCAACUCCUCUCUGGAGCCGAUAUUCAUCUCUUAAAAUCGCUCAAGUUACAACGGAACGUCGAGCUGUAUACCAUUCUUCUGACCGAAUCCAACCAACCGACUUUGUCAGACGAUGACGAUAAAAACUUGUUCAUAUAUACGAAGGGCGCUCUGGAAGUGCUCGGAUUUACUGAUAGCGAAAUCGUUGAUAUUUUUCGCGUUAUAGCGAUUAUUUUGAAAUUAGGUAAUUUGCAGUAUGUGCCUUGUAGUAACAUUGAUGGUACUGAGGGAUGUUCGAUUAACAAUGAUUACGAACUAUUUGAGAUCUGCGAACUGUUGGGAGCAGAACCCAGAUGGCUCCAGAGGGCGCUAACAACUCAUCAAAUCGAAGAUGGCAUUAUUACAGACCUAAAUGCGGCGGACGCCACCAAAAUCAGGGAUACACUUUGUAGAACUUUGUACAGUCGUCUUUUUACGUGGCUUAUCAACAAAAUUAACGACGUCAUUAAGACCAAAACGUUAGGAAAGCGCAAAAACCUAGGAGUUCUAGAUCUGUUCGGCUUCGAGAUACUGGAAAAUAACGGCUUCGAACAACUGAUGAUCAACUAUUGUAACGAAAAGCUGCAUCAGUUCGUCAUUACCUCAACUUUAAAAGAAGAACAAGCCGAGAUUAUGAAAGAGAGUUUGGAAUGGGUCAAAAUAGAUUAUUUUAAUAAUAUAGCCAUAUGUCAAUUGUUAGAACAUGAAAGUCACGGCAUAUUGUCGUUGCUAGAAGAACCUCACGUUCAGUGUGAUGCUGCAUAUCUUACUAGAUUAGAACAAUGUUGUGCUGGUCACUCCCAUUGUUUAGCAGCCGAUUCCUUACUGCCAGCGCAUAGUUUUCAGAUUAGACAUUACGCAGGCGCUGUCACGUACAGCGUUCGCGGAUUUGUCGACAAAAACCGCGAUACCCUGCCCAGAGAAGUAUCCAGAGCAAUGUUUCGCUGUGAUCAUCCCGUUAUCCCGUUGCUCUUCCCCGAAGGAAACCCCAAGAGGUGCAACCCCAAAAGACCCGUAUCGAAGUCGUUUCAACUCCAGGUCUCACUCAAUUCGCUUUUGAAAGAGCUCAGCGGAAGGCAAGCGCACUAUAUUAGGUGUUUGAAGCCCAACGAAAUGAAGCAACCUAGAAUUUUUGAAUUGGCUUUGAUUCAACAUCAGGUCCGUUACUUGUGUCUCCUCCCCACCGUUCAACUAUGGCGUACCGGUCAUUGCUACCGCCUCCCUUACAUACAAUUCGUGCAACGGUACAAGAUGAUCUCGGGCAACACGUGGCCUAGGUGGAGAGGUUCCCCGAUAGAGGGCGCCUCUCUCAUUCUUAGAUCUUUGCCCAUUCCCAGUGCUGAGUUUACUUUCGGAAGGACUAAACUGUUCGUGAGAAGUCCCAGGACGGUGUUCGAACUCGAAGAUUUCCGGAAGGCUAGGUUGCACGAUCUUGCGAUGUUGAUCCAGAAGAUUUGGAGGGGGUAUAGGGAUAGGAAGAGGUACAAGAAGAUGAAGCACAGCCAGAUUAUUAUUGCUUCUGCGUGGAGGAGUUGGAGGGCUCGAGAAGAAUUUCGAAUACUAAAACACAGGAAAGAAGUGGAGUGGGCUACUAGAAUUAUUCAGAGACAUUAUAUCCAAUGGAAGCGUCGACAGUUUUUGCUUAAUAUCUGUAGAAUGCUACCGGAAGACGCAGAUUCUCCCAUCUGCAGAGAUUGGCCUCAAGUGUCGAACAGACUCCUCGAAUGCAGCACGUUGUUGAACAAGAUCCACCACAGGUGGAGAUGUCACAAGUUUCGGCUGAAAUUCGAUCAAACAUCCCGCAAUCGAAUGAGAGAAAAGGUGACGGCUAGCUUUAUUUUCAAGGACAGAAAAUGUUCAUAUCCGAGAAGCGUUUCGCACCCUUUCGUAGGAGAUUAUGUUCGCCUGAGGCAGAACGUUCAGUGGAAGAAAAUGUGUUUAGAAAACAAUGACCAAUACGUAGUUUUCGCUGAUAUUAUUAACAAAAUUACCAGAUCAAGUGGAAAAUUUGUUCCAAUUCUUCUGGUCAUAUCAACAAGGUCAAUGUUGGUUUUGGAUCAAAGGACAUUGCAAAUCAAAUAUCGAGUGCCUGCAACUGAAAUUUAUAGAAUGUCUUUGUCGCCCUUUCUUGACGAUGUGGCUGUGGUACACGUUAAAGCAUCAUCCUUAGCAAACCCCGAAACGUCUAGUGCCUCAUCUGACCAGACAAGCUGUCUAUUUCAGAGCGAUCUGAGCAAGAAGAAGGGAGAUUUCGUCUUUCAGACCGGCCACGUCAUCGAGAUAGUCACCAAGCUGUUUCUGGUCGUUCAAAAUGCGACAGGGAAGCCGCCAGAAGUUAACAUUACUACAGAGUUUGAAGCCAACUUCGGCUCCCAGACGGUGACGUUUACGUUCAAAUGCGGUCUACCGGAAGUCCAACCGGGCCAGAUAAGAGUAUUACGAAAAGCCAACAAGAUGGAGGUACUCGUUUGACAUUUAGCCAGACAUAUCUACGCCUAUGUCGAGACCAGCAUAACAGACACUGCCAUUAGGAAAAUUUUUCACUUCUUUCUUUCGUUGCACAAUCGUUUCGUUAUAUAAAAUGGAUCUUUCCUGAAGUUCAAACGCUCAAAUCACGUCAACGACAGAAAAUUUAGUUAUCAGGUUAAUUUAGGGUAACGAAGAGUUGUUAUAAAAGGAUAAAAAUACAUCUUCAGGCCUUGAUCUAAUAAAAUCAAACGUGCUAUUUUUAAAUUUCAAAUAGUAAUUUGUCUUGUUUCAACCAAACAGAAGAAACAGGCGAGGCGCCGCACGCCGUGUUGUUUACCAAAGAGUUUUAGCUCGGGUAGGUAUCGUUAUAUAAAACAGAAUUGCUAUCGGUUCAAGGUCCCAAGCUAUUACCAGCAUAUGCAGAUGACAUUGAUCUCGUUGGACACUCCAUUCUAUCCCCAAAAGACAUUUUUAACAAGGUGAAAGGAGCAACAAGUGAAGUAGGGCUGAAGAUUAAUUAAGAGAAGACGAAAUAUAUGUGUUUAAAUAGAACAACGGGAAGAGACAGGAUAGGACAAAAUGUGACGGUCAACACCUUCAAUUUGGAAAUAGUACAACGUUUUAAGUAUCUGGGGGCCGUAAUCACAGCUUAUAACGAUGUUACUGAAGAAAUAAAAGACAGGAUCCAAUCGGCAAAUCGCUGUCUAUUCGCACUGGAUAAGCUUAUAAAAUCAAAAAAAAGUUCAAAGAUCAAAAUCUAUAAAUCCAUUUUCAGACCUGUACUACCAUGUGGAUGCGAAACGUGGACCAUGACCAAAGCCAACGAAAAAAGCUCAGACGUUUUGAACGAAAAAUACUUAGAACAAUUUUUAGACCUCACCACGACAUCACGACAAACCAGUAUAGGAUCAGAACCAACAUCGAAUUAAAAGCACUCUACAAUGACACCGAUAUUGUCCAAGCAAUUAAAUCACAGCGACUAAGAUGGGCAGGCCACGUGCACAGACUUCAUAACGAGAGACGUGUAAAGACUGGUAUGGGAGGAGAUUCCUACAGACAAAAGACCACUCAGACGUCCCAGAAUGCGAUGGAGAGAUAGCAUCCAAGCUGAUCUCCGAAAAAUGAACAUUCCAUUUGACCCUAGGUUAAUGGAAGACCGAACAAAUAGGAAAAAAUUUGUACAGUUAGCCAAGACCCACCCAGGGUUACGCUACGCACGUGAUGAGAUGAUGAGGUAUCGUUGUAAAGUCAACUAUCCAUAAAAUAUUCCUUACAAGGCAAUCUUUGAAAAAAAUUAUGAAUAUGGAAUAGAUACUCACCAUUUCUUCGUGAAUUUUAGAUGGGCCUAUGACAGUUUAGGCAGAAACGCACUAUACAAAGUCAUGGUAAAAUUAAAUAUCCAAAUACACUUGUGAAAUUGGUGAAAGCAACCCUCUCAACAGUCGACUGUAAGGUUAGACUGCAGAACAGAGUAAACUAAAUAAAGAAUUUUCCAGACACAAACAGGACUCCGACAGGGAGAUAGCCUAUCCUGCCUUCUAUACAUUUCCCUAGAGAAAUCUAUUGGGUAAGCUACCAUCACCAUCGUGCAACUGCGACGAGGUCUAAUCUAUCAAGCUUCACUAAA